UUUUCUUUUUAUGCUCUCCGCCUCCCACAUCUUCUGGGGAGGUCUUUGUUUUGCUUUCGUUUUUGUGAUUGUGGUGUAUUUUUAGUAGGCAAGCAGCAUAAAAAAAUCAUUGAAUAUAAUUCAGAAUUUGUUGGCUUUAUCAUCAAUUUAUCGAACAAAUAAAGGCAUAAUUCCUACCAGUUGAAUCCAAGCUGACAGUAGCUGUUGUCAAUGAUUAGUGAAAACGUAGGGUUCUAGCAUGGAUAUGCCUAAUCGUAGCGCACAGGAAGAGUACCCGACUUGGAUCGGUUUCGUGUUCAUAUUCAACCUAAUUGUCGGAACGGGGGCACUGACCCUUCCCUCGGCAUUCAGCCACGCAGGAUGGGUUCUGGGAUCCGGCCUAAUCGUGGUGCUGGCCUUCGUCAGCUACAUUACGGUUACGUUCGUGAUUGAAACGAUGGCCUGCGCCAAUGCCAUCCAGAACUGGAAGCGGCUGCAGUUCAUUAAGCGCGACCGGGUGAUUGAAUACGAUGAGGACAGCAAUGUGGAAACGGUCACACAGCCCUUGAUCGCUUCGGGCGUCGAUGGUGGCGAUGUGACCGAUGCCAGCAUCGAGCAAACCCCGUUGAAUAUCAUGUAUUGUCGGAACCAGUACUACAGCUUGUCGAACAAGAUCGAACUGGGCGAGAUGGCCAAUUUGUUCUUCGGGCGGGUUGGGCGUUUUCUGUUCUAUUUCUGUUUGGCCGUUUACCUGUAUGGGGAUUUGAGCAUCUACUCUGCUGCAGUUGCGAAAAGUUUGAGAGACGUGUUGUGUGCCCAUAAUCAUUCCGCCAACGCAACGGACAACGACGAUAUUACUCUUCGUUGCUGGGAAGACAGUGCGCUAUCUCGAUUCGACAUCUACAGGCUGUGUCUGGUAGUGUUCAUCAGUAUUCUUGGGCCGUUCACCUUCUUCAACGUACAGAAAACCAAGUACUUGCAGCUGAUAACGGUUAUGUUCCGUUGGUUGGCGUUCUCGGUCAUGAUUAGCAUAGCCAUUCAUCGACUUCUCGCAGAGCAGAAUAAUCCGCCAAUUGUGCCGAAGCGCGCAGACGUAAAUGGCAUUCCAUACCUGAUAGGUACCUGUAUAUAUUCGUUUAUGUGCCACCACUCACUGCCCAGUCUGCUGACUCCGAUCUCGAACAAGCGUCGCAUCAAGUCGCUUAUAUCGAUGGACUAUCUCCUGAUUUGUGGAUUCUAUCUGUCCCUGGCCCUGACUGGAAUUUUCGCUUUCAGCGACAUCAAAGACCUGUACACGCUGAACUUUGUUCCCAACUCCGAUCAGGAUAGCCUGUUCCUCAAAGGAAUUGAAUACUUCCUGGCACUGUUCCCGGUGUUCACCUUGUCGACCAGCUUCCCCAUCAUUGCCAUAACGCUGCGCAGUAAUUUGCAGACGCUCUUCCUAGACACGACCCAGCUGGAGUCGUACAACUUCUUCCUGCGGCGGGUGUUCUUCCCACUGUUGGCCAUCCUGCCGCCGAUCGUCGUGUGCUUCUUCACCGAGAGUGUUAUCUCGCUGGUGGGUUUCACCGGAUGCUACGCCGGAACCGGUAUCCAGUAUUUGAUUCCGAUCUUCCUGGUGUUCGCGGCGAGGCGAGUUUGCGAAAACAUGAUUGGCCGCGGUAUUGUGAACGACUUCCGCAGUCCGUUCAAGGGCAACUUUUGGCUGCUGGUGAUCUUCAGCUGGACCCUGGGCUGCCUGGUGCUGGUCACGAUCGAUCUCAUGAAGUAGGAGGUAAAGGAUGAUGUUUCAUCGUCACCGAUCGCUAUGAUCGAUAUGGAUUACUGAAUGUAAUAGGUAUAUACCUAAUAAAAGUUCGAGACUGAAAGACAAAACUGAUGUGAAGACGUAACGCCACUACUGCUUAUAAGUUUGUCUCAAAACGUACGAAUUUGUGUUUGAUGAGGAAAUGUUUUGCAUUAUUUUAACCUUCUAUGACUUCUAUUUCAAAGCUGUGAAAACCCGUCAAAAUUCCUAACAUUGCUUCCGAUGUGUUAGAUUUUAGUUCUCGAAUUCAAAAAUGUUUUAUGUUCUAUGUUUUUCUUUUUGCAAAUUUCAAUCAAACUACUUAUCGGUAUUAAUUAUUAUAACUAUUCCGAAUUUACGUUAUUCCACUGUUGGGUGAUGAGUGCGUGAGUGAAAGCCAACGUCGACGCAGAAAGAAACGAGCAACAAAGCUAGAGAGAAGAAUUUAUUUUAUUUAUCAAAUAAGCCAACAAACAAACGAGUUUAGAACGGAAUGAGAUCAUUGGUAUAGUGCUAUCGAGAUGAGACAGCGACAAGGCGAGACGUUGGAUCCAUAUAUACUUAAAGUAACGGGCUAACUAAACUGCUUCUAAAAAAGAAAACCCCAUCUCGAUGUUUAUUAUCAUCUGUAGGUAUCUUGUAUAUUAAAUGAAACCGACAGGUUUAUGAAAAAAUCAAA